AUUACAAAAAUAACAUCAUAUUCCCCUAAUUUUGCUUGUUCCAUUAGUUCAGAAAGUUUCUAUAGCAGGAGAUAGUAAUUGUAAAUACACAGAAAACAAUUACAAAACCUUCACAUUCUGCAUUAUCAUAUGUUGAUCAUUUGACCCAUCUAAUUCUAUUCAAUGCUCAGAUUGCCGUUAAAGCCUUAUAGGCUACUACUUUCCAAGCCAUGCCACUCAUCUUCCACUCCUCAAGAACCAGUUAAGCUCUUAAAAUUGUCAGCUGAUACUAAGAACCUUAAAAAUGGUAAAAUAAUCCAUGCCCAUUUAAUCAUAACCAACAAAACCACAGAAAACAACAUCACUGAAAUAAAUUCUUUGGUGAAUUUGUAUGCAAAAUGUGAUGAAAUUUUGAUUGCCCGCCAAUUAUUCGAUAAAAUGCCGCACAGAAAUGUGGUUUCUUGGAGUUCUUUAAUGGCCGGAUACUUGCAUAAUGGGGGUUCACUGGAAGUAAUUAGAUUGUUUAAAGAUAUGAUUUCUCAGAACAAUGUAGCCCUGAAUGAGUACAUUUUUGCUACUGUGCUCGCUUCGUGCUCGGACAGUGGAAGAGUUGAAGAGGGUGUGCAGUGUCAUUGUUUUGCUUUGAAGUCUGGAUUGGUACUUCAUCAGUAUGUUAACAAUGCUCUAAUACACAUGUAUUCAAAGUGUUUGAGUGUGAAAGAAGCUGUCUGUAUUUGUGAUUCAAUGCCUACAACUGAUAUCUUUGCCUAUAACUCUAUUUUGACUGGGCUUGUCGAAAACGGGCAUGUGAUAGAAGGCGUAAAGGUUUUGACGAAGAUGGCGGCUGAGAAUGUUAAGUGGGAUGUUGUUACGUAUGUAAAUGUUUUCGGGCUUUGUGGUUCCGUUAAAUAUUUACCAUUAGGUUUGCAAGUUCAUGGUAAGAUGUUGAUGUCUAAUGUAAAGUGUGAUGCUUAUGUUAACAGUUCGAUAAUUAACAUGUAUGGGAGAUGUGGAGAUGCUAAGAAUGCUAGAAAAGUUUUCCAUAGAUUGCAAAAUCGAAGUGUGGUGUUGUGGACGGCAAUGAUAAGUGCGUAUUUUCAGAAUGGUUGCUUAGAGGAAGCUUUGAGUUUAUUUGCAAAAAUGAAACUUGAAGAUGUGAUACCCAAUGAAAUAACUUUUGCUGUCUUACUGGAUGCGAGUGCAGGGUUGUCUGCUCUAAGGCUUGGGCGUUUGCUACAUGCAUCUGUUGAGAAGUCAGGUUUUACGGAUCAUGUUAUCGUUGGAAAUGCUUUAACCAAAAUGUAUGCUAAGGGUGGCAUCAUUGAAUCAGCAGAUAAAAUAUUUGAAAAAAUGAGAUAUCGAGAUGUCAUUUCCUGGAAUGUAAUGAUAUGUGGAUAUUCACAUCAUGGAUUUGCUAACGAUGCCCUCCAUGUUUUUAAAGAAAUGUUAGCUGCACAAGAGAUUCCCAACUAUGUAACUUUCGUGGGCGUUCUCUCUGCGUGCAGUCAUCUCGGGAUGGUGCAAGAAGGUUUAUACUAUUUGAACUGCAUAAUGAAACAGAUUGGUAUUGAACCUGGAUUGGAGCACUAUACAUGUAUCAUCAGUCUUCUAAGCAAGGCUGGACGAUUGGAAGAUGCUUUGAACUUUAUGAGCUCUAUACCUGUAAAAUUGGAUGUUGUUGCCUGGCGUACUCUUCUUAAUGCUUGCCAUGUCCAUCAGAACCACGAUUUAGGAAAACAUGUUGCAGAACAGAUCCUACAGAUGGACUUUAAUGAUGCAGGAACUUAUACGCUGUUGUCUAAUAUGUAUGCCAAGGCAAAGAAGUGGGAUGGAGUUGUCGAGAUGCGAAAGUUAAUGAGGGAAAAAAACAUUAAAAAAGAACCUGGUGUGAGUUGGAUAGAGAUAAGAAACGCCACUCAUGUUUUUAUUUCAGAAGACAUUAAGCAUCCAGAGUAUAGUCAGAUUUAUGAGAAAAUAAAGGAACUACUGGCUAUGAUAAAGCCAUUGGGAUAUGCUCCAAAUAUUAGUUGGGUAGUGCAUGAUGUGGAGGAUGAACAAAAGGAAGAUUAUCUAAGUUUUCACAGUGAGAAGCUAGCCGUGGCAUAUGGUCUAAUGAGAAUGCCUUUAGGAUCGCCCAUCAUUGUAAUCAAGAACCUUAGGAUUUGCGAAGAUUGCCAUAUGGCAGUGAAAUUAAUUUCAAAGGUUACAAACAGGAAGAUCACCGUCAGAGAUGCUAACCGCUUCCAUCAUUUUCAAAAUGGAUUGUGUUCUUGUGCUGAUUAUUGGUGAUACUUUGAUGUACGAUUUACUGUAUAAAGAUUGAUUGGAUGUUUAAACACCUACUGGUUACGAAAACCAUGUUAGGCUCCAUGCGACCCAGAGAAAUUCUAGCUUGUUGGAGUUCCUCAAUAUAUUGAGGUUGAUCUUUACUUCUGAUUUGCUCCUGCAAGUUCAGAAAGAUUAGAAGGCUACAAAGCAAUCACAAUUCCAUAUGAGGAAGAAAAGGAAAAUCAAAGAUCCCUGUAUGCCCAACUCGAGGCAAUGGCUGACAUGAAAUUCACAUACGUUGCUACCUGUCAAAAUUAUGGAAACCAGAAGCAGUAUGGAGAUCGUCAUGCAACAGAUAAUCUUAAUUUGACGGUUAACAAUCUCUCGCUUCAUGUUUCAUAUUAUUGACAUGGUUGAAGAACGAGAAGGUGGAAAAGUUCAGAAGAUUUACUACUUUGUUUUGGUCAAAGCUUCUGAUAAUCUCGAUCAGGGAAAUACAUCGUAUAGACUUGCCAGGAUCAGCAAAAAUCGGUGAAGGAAAACCUGAAAAUCAGAACCAUGCCAUCAUUUUUACUCAUGGAGAAGCUCUUCAAGGCAUUGAUAUGAAUCAGACAUCAGAAAUUGGAUCUGCAACAUUGAACAGCAUGCUUCUGAUAAUGUAAACAAGAUUCUGGUGGGGAACAAGGCUGACAUGGACGAAAGCAAAUGGGUAUUCUUGUAUUUCAGCAUUGUUAUUUUAUUGGCUUAUACUUGCCAUUUUCUUAUUGGUUACUCACAAUUUUCAUUUGCUAUUGUUGCUGGUUUAUCUACUCGUGAAUAAUUUUGUGUGUCGGAGAUCAAAUUAGCUUGUUCUAUUUAAGUCUAUAGCCGGACACUAUUAAGCUCUCUCUUUUUCUUUCAUUUGGCAAUGUUGGUUCAUCCGCAGGUUCAGCUCGUAAAUUAAAAUUUCUCUAGAGAACAAAUUCACUUGUCAGUCAAGUUUAUAGCGGCAAGCUGUUGAGGGCUCUCUCUCAGAUUAUCUUAACCUCGUGUUUCUCAUUUAUCGCCAUUGUUUUUCUUAGGUGGUGCCGACAUCCAAGGGCCGAGCACUUGCUAAUGAAUAUGGAGUCAAGUUUUCCGAAACUAGUGCAAAGACAAAUGUCAAUGUCGAGCAAGUUUCCUUUUCAAAAGCGAGGGAUAUAAAUCAAAGGCUUGCUGAUACAGUCUCGGAGAGUUCGGUAAUUGAAACUGUUUUACAGCAAAUUGAAGAAGAGGAAAGAAAAACAAAAAUCUAACUCUUGAGAAUUUUUGUUAUGUGAUGUUUCAGCCUACAACAUUUAAGAUCAAUCAACCCGACCAGGCUGGUGGGGCCGGUCAAGCUGCGCAAAAAUCAGCAUGCUGUGAAUUUUAAGUGCAGAAUAUUAUUUAGUGAGGGCAUUAAUUGCAGGUGACACCUUGUCUGAAAAAAACAAAGAAAACUAAUUGUGAUUACUAGACAAUGAAGGCUUGAAACUUUUCGUUUUUAUUAUUCUUUUAAAUGAUUUUAGUGUGUUUAUAACUAGCAAAAACAUUGUGGCUUAACAGUUGUGCAUCAUGUAGCACACUUUGUGCGUGGUAUUUUCUGA